CAUUCUGGACGUUAUAGACCCAAGAGGAAAAUUUCAAUCCAGGCUGAAUAUAAUUUUCUGCUACAUGGGUACUUUCGUCGUUACAGUGUGUGUGGAGAUUUAUUACAUCGCAAUGCAAACGCCUGAUCACUGGUGUCACGUUCCUGGCAGAGAAUACACCAACUUUUCCCGAGAGGAAUGGAAGAACAUUACGAUCCCCAAGGAAGACACGAGGUUCAGCAAGUGCAUGAUGUACAACGUGACUGGCGCAGGUGACUUCACCAAUGCUUCAACUGUUCCGUGCCAGCAAGGCUGGGAUUACGACGACACGUGGUACACGCUGACAGCUGCGUCACAGAUGAACUGGGUCUGUGAUCAAAGUCACGUCGUCAGUAACGUCCUAUUCUACGCACAGAUUAUCGGAGCCAUACUGGGGUUAUUCGUCGGAUACAUAGGCGACUUUUUUGGCCGAAGACCACAAAUAAUUCUCUGUGUGGCAGCCAUAGUGGCAAGCAGAUUAGUGCUGGUGUUGACACCCUCAGUGAUGGUACUGUUUAUCUUGGCGCAAUCUUUGGCGGCAGGCGUGACUGGGCCGUUCUUUGAGUCGGCAGCAUCCAUAGCACCGCUACACCACUUGGAUUGCGAGGCGCACCCGCCACCGCCACUUUCCCGUUUCGUUCUCCUCUCCAGGUGGUUGCCGGAGUCCCCGCGCUGGCUGGCGUACAGGGGGCGUGAGCAGGAGGCGCUGAGCGUGCUGCGUCGGAUCGCCGCCACCAACGGCUCGACCGUGCCUCCGUUCACCGCACAGGUGCUGCGUAGGCUGGCCAGGACCAGCGGCGAGAGGAGGGGAUUCCUCAGCAUCUUCAGCAGUUGGAACUUUUUCAAAAAUACCUCGAUUCUACUUGUUUCCAGGUGA